GUUGACUCAUAGAAAAAUAAAAAGGGUUGACUGGUUUAUUUUGUUAUUGUUGACGUAAAAUGUUAACAUGGGUUAAAUCUUGACGGUUUUAAGUGUUAUUUUGUAAAAUAAAUACCAUUACCUUUAAGAAACUUGUAUAUUAAUAGAUAAUGCUAAAUUUAGUAACUGUAGUUUAUUAAGAAACCAGAACAAUGAACAUAAAAAUUACGAAGGUAUUGUUACUUGUGGUUGUGAUAGUCAUAUUAUAUAAGACACUGCAUUAUUUGCAAUUAAACGGUGAAAAAAAUUCUGGAGAAGACACAGACAGUUUGAAAAAUGUUAAAGUGUCCGUUUAUUAUGAAGCGCUGUGUCCAGACUCAAGAUUCUUUGUAGCAUAUCAAUUAUUGCCAACAUAUAAAGAUUUCCAAAAUUAUGUGACUUUAGAUUUAAUACCCUAUGGAAAAGCUCAGACUAUAGAGACUGAUGGACAUAUAGAAUUCCAGUGCCAGCAUGAUGCAGUAGAAUGUUUUGCUAAUAAAAUCCAUGCCUGUGUGAUAGACUUAAUAGAGGAUCCUCUAGUACAACUAGAAUACAUAUCAUGUAUGAUUAAGGACAAUAUUAUACCAGAUGAUGCUGGAGAGAGGUGUGGCAAGGAGUUUAAUAUCAACUAUAGCCCUAUCUCUGACUGUGCUAAUGGUAUGGAAGGUAUUAAAUUAUUAAAGAAACAUGGAGAGAGGACCAAUUCUUUAAAACCAUCCGUAACAUUUAUACCAACCAUUGAAUUAAAUGAUAAUCAGAAUAUAGUGCCUCAAGCACAAAUUUUAAAGGAUUUCAAAAAAUCUAUCUGUACAGUUCUUAAAUAUAAGCCUUCCAAAUGCUCCUAAUUUAUGUUUUGUGCCAUUUUGGCAUAAAUCUAGUCAAGACUGUCUUUUCUACAAGAUUCAACAUUGAAAUUUGAAUUUGUGACUAUGAAAUUAUUUUUUUUUUCUAUUCGUUCUUGCCAAAUUAUUUUUGUAGCUCCUUGUAUUUUAAUUUUGUGC